UCUUAUGAUAUCCCGAGUUCGACAGCUGGAGAAGGCGGAGAAAAACUGCCAGACCCGCACUUUCCAAUGUCCCUACUGCUAUAUGGAAUAUAUGGUUGAUGCAAAAGACUUUGGGGAGCGAGGACUCGCGGUAAUUACUACAAAAUGGGUCAAUCUUGGCGCUGGCAGAGAGACACCUGAUGCCAAAUGGAAAAGUCAUCGGGAUCGAUAUGGAGAUAGAGAUAGACGGGAAAUCAACCAAACCGAUGAGCAUCGGAGAAGUCUUCGGGAAGACUUUGAAAACCAGGCAGAAGUGUCACUGGAAGAUCUCACCGCUGAUAACGAGAAGAAACUGUUUUCGACAAGGAAACCUCAGGUGGUUACUCGAGCGCCGGAUGGUUGUAUCUGGCAAUGGAGAUACGGGACACGGUGGUACCUAGAUCCUUCAGGGACUACUGGAUCCGCAUGGGAAUAUUGGUUGUAA